ACACAUGAAAAUACAAACUUUCGUGGAAGGAGCAAAAAUGGAACCUGGCAAUAGCAAUAAUGCAACACCAGAAAAUUACAUACUGCGGAGUCACACUGUAACCAAAACCCCUUCCCCGAAACUAAAUUCCGUGAUGGAGGAGAAGCGCCGGGAUGCAGCGAACUCGCCGGCGGGGCCAAGCUCGGUGGAGGGGGAGCCGGCAUCCACGCGGCGUCGAGCUGGAGCCCAGAAGAGAAAAGCUAAUGCUCCCGCCGCAUCAAGCCCUUCGUCGUUGCCUUCCAAACGGAUUACUCGUGAGAAGUCGAAUUUGAUGUCCCAAUCUGCGAUCAUCCAUAAUGGUCCCUUAACCAGAGCUCGCUAUGGGGCGCCUAGUAACCUGACCUCGGCUGCUGGAUCGUCUAGGGUGAAGCUUGAGGAGCCAGGGUCGGUGAGGGAGAAAGCGAAGCUCAAGGAAUUGGAGGAGCUGAAUAAAGCUAAUGAGCAAUGGGAAGCCCUGGAGGCUAAAAUUGAGUCUGAGUUCGAGGCCAUUAGAUCUCGGGAAAGUAAUGCCCAUGUGGUGCCGAAUCAUUGUGGUUGGUUUUCUUGGACACAAGUUCACCCUCUUGAAAAGCGUACAUUGCCUUCUUUCUUUAAUGGCAAGAUCCCAGCCCGUACACCUGAUAUUUACAUGGACAUACGUAAUUGGAUUAUGACGAAAUUUCAUGCAAACCCAAAUACACAGAUUGAGUUGAAAGAUCUGUCAGAGCUUGAAAUUGGAGACUUGGAUGCAAGGCAGGAGGUGUUGGAGUUCUUGGACUACUGGGGUUUGACCAACUUCCACCCAUUCCUCCAAGUAGAUUCUACUGUGGGAAGCAGUGAUGGAGUUGAGGCAGCAAAAAACGAUUCUUUGAUUGAAAAAUUAUAUCACUUUGAAGCAGUUGAAUCAUGCCCACCUGUUGUUCUCAAGCCUAACCUUGCAACACCAUCUUUUCCAUCUGGGUUGUUUCCAGAAUCUGCAACUGCUGAGGAUUUGGGGAUUCCCGACGGGCCAUCUGUUGAGUACCAUUGCAACUCUUGUUCAGCUGAUUGCUCUCGGAAGCGUUACCAUUGCCAAAAGCAGGCAGAUUUUGACCUAUGUACUGAUUGCUUUAAUAGUGGGAAGUUUGGCUCUGGCAUGUCUUCUUCAGAUUUCAUUCUCAUGGAGCCUGCUGAGGCCCCUGGUCUCAGUGGCGGCAAGUGGACAGAUCAGGAAACCCUCCUGCUACUUGAGGCAUUGGAGCUAUUUAAAGAAAACUGGAAUGAGAUUGCCGAGCAUGUAGCUACAAAAACCAAGGCUCAGUGCAUGCUGCACUUUGUUCAAAUGCCAAUUGAGGUUGCCUUCCUUGAUUUGGCUGAUGAAACAGACCCUAACUUGAAAGAAACCGGGGUUUCUGCAGCAACAAUCGAUGGAACAGUUGUCCCUAAAGAUGUUCCUGAAGCAAAAGAGAAUAAGACUAGUCCUAAUGAGGGUCAAGCCCAGACUUCAACGGAAAUUUCGAAACCUAAUGAUGCAAGUGAAAUCAAAGUCUGUCAGGAAACACCACAACCCCCAGAUGGAACUGAAGUAGAAGUCUGUCCAGAGAAAUCAAGCUCAGAAGAUGCUAGUGAAGUGAAAAUUGGUCAUGAUAGCAAUGAAAAUUGUGCACUGAAGGCUUUGAGUGAGGCAUUUGAAGCUGUUGGUUAUUCUCUAACACCUGAAAAUCCACUUUCUUUUGCUGAUGUUGGAAAUCCUGUCAUGGCAUUGGCAGGAUUUCUGGCACGACUGGUUGAACCUGGCAUUGCCACUGCCUCAGCCCGUAGUUCAUUGAAAUCAAUAUCUGGCAACACUCCUGGACUGCAGCUAGCAAUAAGGCACUGCUUUCUCUUGGAAGAUCCACCAGAUGACAAGAAGGAGCAAGCUGGUUCUGAAAGUAAUAUGAAUGAAAUGGCUGGUCAAGGUGGUAAGAAAGAUGAAGACAACCAUGAAGACAGCCCAAAAGAGGAUAAGUCUUCUCCAGUUUCAGAUCAAAGAAAUCCUUCAAGCAAUCAAGGUGACCAGGAUACUGUAGUAUCUGUUUCUGAGGAAAUGAUAACAUCAAAUUUGCGGAAUGAUCAAUCCCCAGAGAAAAAGGAAUCCAAGAUGUUAGCUAUGAAGGAAGAUGUUAAUGAUGCUAAUGUGGAAGAACCAAGCAAUCCUGCUCUACCAAAAGACCAUCAAUCAAGUAUUAUGGAAGACUCUGUUGGUUUGGCAUCCAAGGUUCCACCAAGUUCUGUGAAAGGGUCUGGUGGGGAGGAAAGUGAAGUGGGAGAGGCCUCUAAGUCUAAAGAGGCAGCGAAUGAUGCAGAAAUGUCUGAUUCUCUUCCAACGGUAAAGAAAGGGGCUUGUGAAGCAACUGUAACAAAGUCAACUGGAGAGCAAUCUAAGCCUUCUGGGACAGUUGUAGAUUCCACUGACAUGGUACUGGGUUCUUUGCCAAAGGAGAAUAAUGAGCAUCAGCAACCAGUUAAUGAAGGUAUGGUGCCAGAUUCACAACCCUCAGAGAGGAAUGAGCCUCAGCAGGCAGUUACAUCAAAAUCAUUAAAUGAAAAAGGAGCUAGUACAGGUGAGGAUCAAAUCAAAGAAGUUAGAAAGGAAAGUAACUCUACAGGGGCUGAAGAGGACCGAUACAUUGAUAAACUAAAGUGUGCAGCUGUUACUGCUAUUUCAGCUGCAGCAGUGAAGGCAAAACUUUUGGCAGACCAGGAAGAGGACCAAAUCCAACAACUUGUUACAUCAUUGAUAGAAAAGCAGUUACAUAAGUUAGAAACCAAGUUAACCGUCUUCAAUGAGCUGGAAAGUGUGACAAUGAGGAUGAAGGAGCAUUUGGACAGAUCAAAGCAGAGGCUUUACCAUGAACGAGCACAGAUAAUUGCUGCCCGACUGGGCUUGCCAGCAUCUUCAUCUCGAUCCAUGCCACCAACACUGCCUGCCAAUAGAAUUGCAGCAAACUAUGCAAGUUCAAUUGCAAGACCUCCUAUGGGCUCAAAUUCCACAAGGCCACCAAUGUCAAGACCAGUGGGGCCUAUGGUACCUGUGCCUUCUAAUCCAUUUGCAUCCACCACAAUGGCAGGAAGUUCAAUUCGACCUGGUAGCUAGGAGCAUCUUUCUUCACGUGAAACAUAGCAGUCUCUGCUUAGUAUAAGCAAGAAGUAUUUAUCCAUUUUUGUACAACAGCUGCUUAUUGCAAAGUUUACCUAGUGAGUGUCCCCUCCUCUAAUUUCUGUGUGCUCUUUUUCCUCCUUGUUUUUUUUUUUUACCUCUGGGGGGAGCCGGGAGCGAUGGUGAAUGUUCAGGUUGGUCUCUUUUGGGGGAUGCAAAAUGUCAAUAUCAAGAAUUUUGGAGAAACCAAUAUUGAUCGCAUCCCAGCUUAACAUGACGUUUUCUUGAUUCAGCAUUUCCUGGAGCAACCUCAAAAGGGAAGGUUACAAGUAAAUCCAGCAUUUGUACUAAAUUACAAUUAAUUACUCUAUUGCAACUCUGCAGGCAUGUCGUUGUCGUGGAGGAAAGAGAAGCUGCAUAUUCAUGUUCUUACAUCCAAGGUACCUGUACCAUGAGUGUAAAUUCUAUUAUAAUCGGUAAAUGGACGGAUGACAUAGCUUCCUAACUUUUAGCCUCAGAUUUUCUUUAGUGCCGACCUUGUUAAAUUUGUUUAUCACAAGUUAAACGUCUGUAUCUUGUGACCUGAUCUCACCAGGUAUUCUUGGCAUCUUUAAAGGUGGAAGUGUGCCAGAUUUUAACUUGUGUAUUACAUUUUCAUAUGAAUAUGAUGUGCUAAUGAAGGUAAGGUGUUUAG